GUCCUCGCCCGCGCCGCGCCGCGCCACUCCUGCGGCGGCUCCGGAAGUCACCCUGUGCUGGGCGGUUGGGGCUGGCUCGCGAGCUGUCUUCCGUCCGGGCGUGUCGUUGGGCCUAAUUUCGGUUCCGUCCGGUGGGCGUUUUGCGGAGUGCGGGUGCCGUGUUUCUCACCGGCGGUGCGCGGCCGAGGGAACACGUUUUUCAGAAGCUAAGCGUUUCCUACCUCUCAGGACUUCUGUCCCCCAAAAACGGCACCUCCGAGGUUGGGAGUUGAGAGCAAACGAAGUCCGACCACCGGACCGAAACACCAGAUUCCGGCCGUGGGGACUUGAAGGGGCCGCCACAGGGUUUCUGCAGGCCGAGGUCCGGGGUUACUGCUCCGCCGCCUUCGCCCCCGGCCCGGCCCUUCUGGGGUUCUUGGUUUAUACCCGGGUCCCACUACUGUUUCAGUCCAGGGUUCCACGUACUGUCACGUUUAUAAGUCAUUCAACAGGAGAUGGUUAUUACAUACAGCUAGGGAACUGACAGAUGCAGGCCUACCGGACUCCCUGGGUCAAGCACUGCGUUACUGCCCCAGUACAUUUUUUAGUUUUUUUAAAUAAAAAAUGUCAAACAUUACCCCAAAAGAAAAUAGCAUACUGAGCCUUCAGAUAGCCCAAAUCUUAAGCCUUACCUCUCAGGACAAACCUUUUUUUUUUUGGCAGUCUAUAAGUUAUAAUUAAGAAAGUCCCACAUUUCAUUGCAUUAACUGCUCAACCCUCUUGGUACUAUUAUUUGGGACUGUAUUACCCACCAGAAACUAAUAAUCACUUUACAAGCAUCACUUCAGCGAAUAUUUACUUUGGACUUGCCAGGUAUAGGCUUUUGCAAAGGGCUUUAUAUGCAUUAUCUCUUAAUCCACUGAGAUUGAUGAUUUGCUCAUUUUAAAGAUGAAAAAGCAGGCAUAGAGAUUAAUAAAUAGAGUUGGGGCUUGAACCCACUCUGCCCAGCACCAGUGUCUAUCUGUCCCCCUUAACCACUAGAUUAUGUAGUUUCUUAGAGUAAUAAACAUGGAAUGAACUGUGUCAGUGAGCUUUUCUGGAUGGUGUACAUAUUAUUUCCCCAAUUAUAAACCAGAGAAAAAGCCACCCAUCAGGCAUGCCUCAGAACCUGGUUCAUACCUGUCUGAAAGCACUUAUCAGGUUGUAUUACAAUGAUUUGUUUACACAGUUAGUUCUCCUUAGACUGACUUCUUCAAGGCCAGAGACUAUGGCUUAUUCAUUUUUAUGUCCCCAGGGCUUAGCCAAUUCCUGGCAAACAGCUGAGACUUAAUAAAAAGUUUGCUAAGUGAAUGAAUGAAUCCACCUCUCCAAUGCUGCACAACACAGCAGAUACCCAACUCAGAUAAAGACCACCGUCUCUGCCUGCAGGGCUCAGCUCUUCUGAUAAUUCCCAAAAGACCCUGGACAUGCCAGGGUGUGUUGUAGAGUGGCUGCAUCUAGAAGAGGGGGAGGAAGGGCCAAACACUGUAAGUAAUCAAUGUUUGGAAAACAAGGUUGAAGUUACUCAUUAGCAGGAAAAGGGUCAAGGGUCAAGGCAAAGGGGCUGGAAGCAGAGUGGACUGACCAGCCAGUGGGGAAGAGAAUAGUUAAGGCACCAGCCACUCCACGAGGAACAUACCAGCUCCCUGUUGCCUGAAGAUGUUCCACCAAAUUUGGGCAGCUCUGCUUUACCUCUAUGGCAUUCUCCUUAAUUCCAUCUACCAGUGCCCUGAGCUGAGUCAACUGACAACUCAGGAAAUGGAUGGGAAAGAGUUUCCAGAGCCCCACCUGGGCCAGUGGCAUUUUAUUGCAGGGGCAGCUCCCACCAAGGAGGAGUUGGCAACUUUUGACCCUGUGGACAACAUUGUCUUCAACAUGGCUGCGGGCUCUGCCCCCACGCAGCUCCAGCUUCGUGCUACCAUUCGCACGAAAACUGGGUCCUGUGUGCCCCGGGAAUGGAUCUACCACCUGACUGAAGGGAGCACAGAUCUCAGAACUGAAGGCCGCCCCGACAUGAAGACCGAGCUCUUCUCCAGCUCAUGCCCAGGGGGAAUCAUGCUGAAGGAGACGGGCCAGGGCUACCAGCGCUUCCUGUUCUACAACCGCUCACCAUACCCUCCUGAGAAGUGUGUGGAGGAAUUCCAGUCCCUGACCUCCUGCCUGGACUCCAAGGCCUUCUUACUGACUCCCAGGAAACAAGAGGCCUGCAAGCAGUCCAGUGACUGACCCGUGGCUUCAUCUGUGCCCCCAGAUGUAUUUGUGGGACUGAGAUUGUGGUGAAGAGAAGCCGGAGGUGCCCUUCUAAGAGUAAUAAAGACGAUUUUUCAAUCCUCA